GUGCCGCAUACUUCAUUCUAGAUAUGUAACUGUAAAACUCUCGUACAUCAGAAAAUCUUUUAACAUUUGUGUUAUUUUUACAACAUUCAUUUGGUUAAUGUCUAAAGUAAUCUAUAAAAAAAUAUAAAUACUGUAUAAACAAAAUAAGGAUCAAGUGUCUUGAAAUUAUUUAGUGAGAAAGUCAAUCAAUCAACCAAAAAUCGAUCAAUAAUUAUUACGAUUCACCACCAUGCAAGAGGAUAUGCAAGAAGAACCUCAAUUCGUCGUUGAUGAUGUCAGUAAAAUAAUAAAAGAAGCAAUAGAAGUCUCUAUCGGAGGUGAUGCUUAUCAUCAUAAUAAAAUCAGCCAAUGGACAUCUCAUGUUGUAGAAAGUUGUCUGGGAAGCUUGACAAAAUUACAAAAGCCUUAUAAAUAUAUUGUUACAUGUACCAUCAUGCAAAAGAAUGGAGCCGGUUUACAUACAGCAAGUUCUUGUUAUUGGGAUAAUGUUACUGAUGGAAGUUGCACAGUUCGAUGGGAGAAUAAAACUAUGUAUUGUAUUGUAUCGGUAUUCGGAUUAGCUAUUUAAUUUAUUCAUUGACUUUUAUCUUUAGUCAAUUCGUUUUUUUAAAUUCCUUCAAAGUAAUAUCAAACAAAAUCAUUUUAACAAAUUAUUUUUUUAAUUAUUAUGACGUUAA